AUGAUCGCCGGAGUAUUCCGCAGGUCUUCGCUGCCGUCGAGGCAAACACUAUCAGCCGCGCUAUCCUCCUUUGAUUCAGGUCUUUCACACCAUUUCACUUCAGCCGCCACCGGAAUCGUCUCCGUAGAGCGUAAUCUGAUUCGAAAUGGAUCUUCUACCUCCCGCGACCUCAUGAAUCGAUUCGCACCGGCAUCGAAAGGCUUCCAAAUUAGAUCUGAGCCGUCUAUGGUUUUUCCGGCGAGGAUCGCGUCCCAAGGCUACGCCACUGAGAGUGAGGGUAUCGCCGGCGAUUCCAAAAGUAUUCCAAAGAUUCGAAUUUCUCCAAAGAAAGUCAAACCAUCGAGUAAAAAGGCAAUCACUCUCCAGAAGAAAGAAGGAGAAGAAAGCACAUCAAAGAUCAGAGGAACCAGAAUCUGCAUAGCGAUCCGAUCAUUCGACAACCCGGAGAAGCAAGCUUGGUGUCUCCCUCCUCACACUCGGAAAAUCGCAAUGCCGGACACGAGAACCUUGUACACGGUGCUACGAUCGCCUCACGUCGACAAGAAAUCGAGGGAACAGUUUGAGAUGAGGUUCAAGAAACGGUUUCUCGUCAUCAAGGCCCAGAGCCACGAGCUGAGCAAGAAGCUCUUCUGGUUGAAGCGUUACCGUAUCCUCGGAGCUCAGUACGAGCUCCAGUUCCAUUGCAAGACUCGUUUGGACAUGGCUCCUCUGUUAGCUAACAUCAAUGCCUCCACCAUUGUUGGUCAAUGA